UUACCAGGCUCGAAGCUAUACAUUUGAGGAACGGCCUCAGCCUUCACAGUUCGCGCGUCCGAAUGUCAUUAAAGCGGCGCCGCGAGUCCUCCUUCCUGCUCGCCGAUGUAGAACCUGACAUUCGCAUCCGUAUCUAUGGCAAGGAUGAGCCCCUGAUGGCGCACCACGACGUGCUCAAGCUCUUCAGCAGCAUCGCCCGCGACCUUCCUCGCGAGGCAAACGCUAAGCCCACAGUAUGGGACCUGUCGCAGCUGGUGCUAGAGGGUGAAUCGCAGCCAGUGUCAGCGGAGCUCGUGCAGCUGUGGCUGGACCUGCUGUAUGCGCGGGUGGACAGUUCCCGCCGCGUGGCAUUACCCACGUCGCUGGACGCCGCACGCCCUCUGCUGCUGUUUGCGGACGCUGUGGGCACCGGUGACGCCUUGAUGCAAGAGAUCGGCAGCUCUCUCUGCGGCAAUCAGGGAUUGACCCUGAAGGUGGUGGUCGUGGACGCGGGUGAGGUGCGCAAGGAGCUGCAGCUACGACUGGAUGGCGCCCUGUAUCUUUGCACGCCCGGGGGCGAAAUGCGUGAGUACAUCAAACCCGCACAAACCCGCACGUUCUGUGAAGGAGUACGUUCAGCGGCAGUGCAGCCGGCGGUGGCGUCAGCCCUUGAGGAAUGGCUAGCGCUAGCGGGGCGGCUGCAGCUGGUGCCGCUGGUGCGCAAGCUCAUGGCGUUUGCCAAGGCCCAGAUGGUGUUUUGGGGCGGCUUGAGUAUCCUGGGCCCCGCGGCCGCCCACGUGCUCAGCCCUCGCGUGCUCAAGCUGCUGCCGCCGGAGAUCCUGUAUGAGGCGGUGGCGUGGCGGCUCCUGCAGCCUGAGCCCUCUGCCAUGGUCGUGAAGCCGUAUGAGGGCCUCCAGGUUCAGGGCCUGCCUCACGUCAUGAGCCGCAGCGCGGACGAGGAGGCGGAGGAGGAGGUGUCUUUCCGGACAAACGAACACGGGAGAAACGCUUGCAGUCAUAAGCGUGGAAGUACCUGUUAUAUUAACUUCAGCUUCGGCGGCCCCGGCCGCCAGGAGCUGCAGGAGCUGGUGGGGCAGGUGAUGCAGCGGGCGGUGGAGGACGACGAGGCGGCGCCGUCGCUGCGGCGGGGCUGAGGCGGUGGGAGACGAUGCUGGUGGGGCGUCAAGGCGGACACACUUGCCGUGCUGGGUAUGGAAGGCCCUGCAGCACAGCAACCGCCAUCGUUUGCAUGGUACGGUAGCCGCAUGAACGGCAAGGGAGAUGAUGUAUGGUAGUGUGCACGGGUCACAAUGGUUGGCAGGGCGGGUUGCCAUAACGCCUGGAUGCGCGACAGGCAAGGAGCAGGCUACCGCAUCAAUCGUAUCUGCUGAGUACGAUGUAUGGCUGCUGGGUGCUGACGUGUUGUAAAUGUUUUACGCCUCCAUUCGGCUUGCAUGUCGCGCAGGAUAGUUAGGGGUACGUAUUGUGGAUAGGUAAACAGGUAGUCAGGUGAGACCCAGGUCGCCGGCAGCACGUUCUGAAGGACUAGACGUACAUUCAUUGGUCACAACGUUUGCCGAGUCCACUCAUAAAGCAGAUUAGCGCAUUGUGAUAAAGCGCAGGGUGGCCUGGUGGCUGCCACGCCUAUGUUGCUCGUGUGUGGUAACAUUAUGGUUGGGUGCCGGUGCGAGGGGUGCUUGUGCUGACAGGACAGCCGAGCAGUUGCCCGUCAUUGUAGUACGGUCCCGUACGCAGCAGUGCGCAGGCGUAUCCGUGUAUGCGGACGGCAGGCAUGGUAUAUAUAACUUUUUUCAGCAAGUUUUGCGUGGAGCUGCAUAGGGAUGCUAUGGCUGUGUGCACAUUAUUUGAUAUGGUCAGGUUGCGACAUGUCGACAUGUGAAAUGCGACAUACAACAUUGCGACAUACCAAGACUCGCCCACAUUUGCAUAGCUACGCUAUAUAACUUUUGUACAGGGGGGGGUAGAAAGGUCAGAUUCUUACCCCAUGCUCAAAAUUACAGAGCUUUAGGAGAGCAUUAUGCACGUACUUUUAGUUUUUUAAGGGGGUGUCUGGUGAGGAAGUUCUGGGCCGCCAAAGUUGGGGGGUCGGUCCUCGUCCCUGGGGGUCCGUCGGGUUUCGGGAGCCCAUCCUGGCGGAUUUCGGGAAGCGCCCCACAAGCAGAACUAGGGGCCAAACGCUGCAGUACGAGGCUCAUAUGUGCACGUUAUGACGUAAUAAGCACAAACAAAGCGUGGGAGGGCUAAGUUGCGCGUUUGGGCGUGGACAUGUCGGGACAUGUCUCCACAUUCAACACAUGCGCACUGACACAGCUGGGCUCUGAAGCGCUGGUGCGCACGAGUUCACGUCUAACAAGGCUGCCGAUGCACAUUGUCCAUUCGUCACGCGGCAGAGAGUUGAGCGCGGGGUGGUCUGGGUCGAGGGGAUUUCCAUGGAUAGGAUCCCGCCGGUGAACGAAGUCUCAGAACAGGACAGCUGAUGGCACGGAGUGAUAGUGCUCGUCAAGAGGAGUCGAUUGACACCACUUUGGUAUAAAAUGGAGGGUUUUUAACCCCUGAACAACAAGGUUUUGUCCGUCAGGGGGUCGGUCGUCCCCUCAAGGGGGGUCCCGGGGGAUUUCGGGGCAUGGGGUCUGGCACUUUGUUUCCUACCCCCCCCCCCCUGCUUUUGUAAGCAAGUUUUGCGUGGAGCUGCAUAGGGAUGCCAGCACGGGAUGGCAUUGACAACAUACAGUACCCAUAAGUGAGCAGAAUUGCAGAAAGUGCAGCAAUUGUGAUGCGCGCUGAUGUCGUUGCGUGUGUAUGUAUGCGUGCCUGGGGCCUACAUUGGAUGCCCCUCGGCUCGGACGCCACCGGACGGCUGGACAGAGGCAGUCCACUGGCGAUCGAGGGGGCCAUGCACUUGCGUGUGGGCGAUGGGACUUACGUGUGUACCCCUGCCAUGGGUGCAAACAGAUCUCGCGCUUCUCCACCC